AUGCUUGUGGAUAUCAUGUUGGCUCUUGUCGAACAUCACAACGUGGCCCAACUGAAUACUCAUGAUACGCACUUUCGCCAUCUUUGCACAGUGUAUCCGUAUAUUCUUUUGGUGUUCGCUUUUGCCAGCGUUGCUGACGCGCAGGAAUUUGUACCAACGCCACGGGACAUGAUCCGGCUUUCGUCGACGCUAUUUCCGGGCGCUGAAAUCUCAUUCAAAAAGACCAGCGUCUGCGAGACGACAGAAGGCGUCGAAGCAUAUAGCGGUUAUGUGACCCUGCCCAAGGAUAUGCUACCCGAUGCCAGUAAUUGGCGCGAUAAAAAGGCUGCACACCUGUUCUUCUGGUACUUUGAGGCUCGAGAAGACCCCAAGAAUGCGCCGACCUCGAUCUAUCUCGGCGGUGGGCCAGGAGCGACAUCCUUUGACGAAAUGUCCGACUUUCCUUGCUUCUUCAACCCAGACGGCAACUCUACCACCAUCAAUGAGUUCUCCUGGAAUGACAAAGUCAACAUGCUCUACAUUGACCAGCCGGUUCUCACGGGGUUCUCGUACGUUUCACUAGUCAACGGAACACUCGGCUUCGUGGCACAGGAGUUCGUGCCACUCGAUGAUGGCGAGAGACUACCAAAGCUAAACGUGACAUUGCGUCAAGCAACCCUCGACCCGAGUGAGCCCUCUACGGUGACAAACACCACAGCUAGUACUGCCAGGACUAUCUGGACCUUUUCUCAAGUCUGGUUCAACGAGUUCCCUCAUUGGAAAACAGGCAGCACCGAAGUAUCCCUGUGGGCAGUUUCGUACGGAGGCUUUUACGGUCCUGGGAUAUUCGAACAUUUCCUGGAGCAGAACCACCUCAUCGAGGCCGGCGAGCCGACUCUCGCUAAUGCUACCACUUUUGACCUCGCCACUCUUGGUCUCGCAGAUGCCUGCAUGGACGCCAGGGCCAUGGGGAAGGGGUAUCCAACGUUCGCCUUCAAUAACACUUACGGACUCGAAAUCUACCCCGAGCAGGUGUACGAUAUGGUCAUGGGCAACAUUACGGAGCCUGAGACUGGAUGCUACGCUUUGAUCGACAACUGUCGGGCGCUUGCUGCCGAGGGGGACCCCCUCAGCUUCGGAAACAACCAGACUGUCAACGAGGCCUGUGUAGCAGCAACGAACGUCUGCUGGGGUGUAGUACAAGGGACGUACGGUGCCCUCUCAGAUCGAGCCGCCUUCGACGUUACCGCACUCAAUAUCUCAGUUUACCCUAUUCCUUACAAGGACGUCUUCCUCAACCAACAAUGGGUCCAACAAGACCUGGGUGUGCCUCUUAACUUCACGCCAUCGUCGAAUCUGGUUGUCCAGGCAUUUUUUGGACUGACAGGAGACCCUAUGAGACGCAGUCUUCAUUCGUUGGAGAAGGUCCUCGACACGGGUGUUAAUGUUGCGCUCAUGUACGGAGACCGCGACUACCGCUGCAACUGGUAUGGAGGUGAGAACGUCAGCUUAUCACUCGACUUCGCUUCUGCUGAGGGCUUCCGCGCCGCUGGCUACGAACCCAUUGCGACCAACUCCUCCUACCAGGGUGGCCUUGUUCGCGAACAUGGCCCACUGUCGUUCUCUCGCGUCUUCCAAGCUGGCCACGGUGUCGCAGGCUACCAGCCGGAGACUCUAUCCAGGAUCUUUGAGCGAGCCAUGUUCGGCCGCGAUGUGGCAACCGGAAAUACGAGCCUCGCCCAAACCACCGAUUACUCUACCCAAGGUCCUGGCACGGUCUACGACGUCCUCAAUGUGUUACCUGAGCCAAAAGAGAGCACCUGCUUUGUCGUUGAUGCACCUUUCACUUUCACGAAUGAACAGCUGUCAGCAUUAAUAGACGGGAGUGCUGUAGUUCGGGAUUGGGUAGUAGUCGAGCCACAAGGAGCACUGCCCAAGCCUCUCGAAUCGAAGAACCAAUGUCCUUCGGGGAGAUAA